AUGGCGUCCGGCUUCAACCGGGACGAGCCGUGGAGUCUCCGGAACCUGCGCGCCCCGGAAUAUGCGCACAGCCAAGCAUCGUCUCUCGGCUCUGGCAUUGGCCCGCGCUGGGCGCCGUCAGUGACAAGCAGCGAUCAGCUGAGCGAACGUGACGGUUCAGAGUACGACGACGCGCAGUCCGAAUAUCGGACCGCUUCCACCGUAACCUCGCAAUUCACCAUGCGAUCCGCCCCGCCGCCCUCCAUUUUCAGCAGCCGGGACGGUGCGACAAGUUCGGCGGGACAGAGCUCGGCGCCAUCGUUAGGCGGACCUCGGGUGCCGAUCAUGGGAUUGUUCGACAACCCAGCUUUCGCCCCUCGACGUCCUGAUCAAAUCUUGUGGUGCGAGUUCGCCCGGCUUAUGAACUGUCACGCAACCUUUUCCCUCGACGACGAAAUCGGCUGGAUCCAGCAUCACAUAAACCACCUGAGGGAUACCUACCCCCGGGAGCUCAUGUGUUGGUUCUGCGACUACCAUCCCUUCGUUGCCUGGCAUUAUCCCGAAGACGGCUUCGCCAACUUUGAGGAGCGCAUGCAGCAUGUGAGGGGGCACAUUCUCAGCGAUCAUCGCUUGACGAACCGGGCCAUGCGGCGCGACCUCCACAUGGUGGCACACUUGUAUCACCACGGCCUGCUGAGUGCCGAAGAAUAUAAGGCGGCCAUGGAGUAUGACGAAACACCAGCUGCGUUCCGACUGCCUGGCUCUCAUUCCUCGUCGUUGCUGCAUCGACCGUCGAUUGGCUACCAGCCUGCGGCACCCAGAGAGAGACAACAGUACCACGACUUGGACAGAGAAGAACGACGCCGGCAAAGAGAGAGACAAGGCCGCAACCACGGCAAAAGACGAUAA